GCAUUGUCGAAUUUCCCGUUGAACGUGUCGGUUACGCGCUGGUUCGAACGAAAUUUUUUAAAACAAAAGGUGAUUCAGAAAAACUCCCAUCAAAAUGGACUGUGGAACAUCUCUGGCCAAAUACAUACUCUUCAUAUUCAAUACCAUUGUGUCGGUCAUCGGCAUUCUGAGUAUUGUGUAUGGCGUGCUGAUCCUUAAGAGCAUUGGCACCAUUGAGGUGAAUGGACAGGUGGGCUUUCCCCCGCAGGCCCUCAUGCCGAUCAUCUUGAUCGGCAUCGGGUCGAUUGUCGUGUUCAUCUCGUUCCUGGGCUGCUGUGGAGCGAUACGCGAGUCGGUGUGCAUGACCAUGAGCUAUGCCGUCUUCCUGUUGAUCCUGCUGAUCGUGCAGCUGACCAUUGUGGUGCUGCUGUACACCAACAAGGACAAGUUCGAGGAAGCCAUGGGCAGGGUAGUCGACCAGGCCUGGGAGUCGCGUGAGGCCCGUGAGGGAGGUGUCUUUGAUGCUAUUCAGAAAUCGUUGAAAUGCUGCGGUCGUGCUUCGUCGGCCGAUUAUUUGAUCAAUCUGCAAGCACUGCCCGAUAGCUGCUGCGACGGAAGCUGCCUGAACCCGGCUAACAUCUAUGGAGGAUGCCGUGGCAAGUUCGUGGACUUUAUGUCUGUCAGCACUGACAACGCCAAGUAUGUGGCCAUCGGCCUGAUUGGAGUUGAGCUGGUUGGCUUCAUCUUCGCCUGCUGCUUGGCCAACAACGUGCGCAACUACAAGCGUCGGAAUGCAUACUAAGGCAAUGUGCAGCUCAGACGCAUCCGCAUCCGCACAACAUCCACAAAACACACACAAAAACACUCACACACAUUCUCAUUAACUCUUUAUCGUCGUUGAACGCACACCUACACACACACAGAACUCGAAAAAAUUAAGCCAAGGAGGAGAGAGAACACAUUGGAGUAAACCAUUUGGUUAAAAAUAAUUAAAUUAUUUGUCAAAAAAUGAAGGAGUAGACAAGAAAAUUGCUUAGUCUAAGGCGAUAUGAAACGCUUACAUUUUGUAUAUCCUAUGUAUUAUUGAAAUAAUUCGUAUAUUUGCGUACUGAAUGAGCUAGCGAUACAAUUCCCAAAGCCUUUGUACAAUCCACUCGAACUUGUUGAGCCGAAAUCCGAGCGAGAACAACCCUAAUGGAGCUGGUGGUAGAGCCACGCUGAAACGUAACCAUAACCAUUUUAUUGUUUUUUUAACUGUUGAAAAACCCCCGCUCCAAAUGAAAUAUACCUUUAUAUAAAGUUAUUAAAUAUACAAUACAUACAUACAUA